AUGUCGGAUUUAAGGAAAAGAUCUUUGUCCGAACCAGGAGCUGAUCAUGGUAGAUCACACAAAGGUCGUUCUGGAAAAGUAUCGACAAUCACUGUAGAUCAAUUGGGAAGGUAUAGGCGAAGGAGGCCAUCAGGAGUUUCUCCAGACAACAUACAGUUGCUCUCAGGUUCUUUUGCACAAUUAAAGAGUGAGUAUAUGAGAAGGUUCCGUGCACCUUCUUUGGAGGCCCUUCAAAGGGCAGCAGAACUGCCUCCAAUUUAUAGACUUUCGCAAAAAGCAGAGAGCAGCACCGAAGCAUCACCUGUCAGGAGAGGUCGAAGGCCUGAUGAAUUGAUGAUAGAAAAAGUGGCGUUUGUCGCCAGCACCGAGCACGCCUCCAGAUUUGUUCAUCAUCCUGUACAACACAGGACCGAAUUGGUCAUCUUUAAUUGCAAUCUGGAAUCCCCAGGGCCCGCCGAAGGGGACUCCGAACACAGGAGCGAAUUUAGGAAAUACGAAGACCCACCGAGACGUGAGCACAUAUCCAGGCGCAAUACUGAACUGAAAUUGGAGGGCGAUUUGAGGUCUGACACGGAAUAUAAGGCAGAAUUUGUGCCUUUGGAGAUGCCUCCGCCUCAUCCUAAGUCUGCCAAAUUGAGGAAACCUGAUCCUGAAAUUGGUUAUAUCCAGGAUGAAGGUGGAAAUCGUUUGCCUUUGAUGGAAAGCGAGUACCAGAGAAGUUACAGUCCGAUAGGAUCACGCAGAUCUAGUGCCACUCAUUUGAAAUUAGAAGGUGACUUUGCCUUAGCAGCACGUUCCAAAGAAACUUUCGAAAAACUUCAAACAGAAUCCCAGCCUAAAGACCAAGAUAAAGGUUUAGUGAUGUCCGGUACCAUGGCAAUUUACCCUAAGGAUCCUGGUAAAGAAAACAAAGAUAAAACAAACUCUAACGAACCUUCUGAUGUCAAACUUGAAGGCGAUUUUCAAAUUGUGCAAAAAGAGAAACCAUUCAAAUUACGCCCAACACAGCCUCCGAAAUUGGUGGGAAAAUGGAGCGAUUUGGGCAACGAUGCCAGAUCUUUUCGAGAGGACAAAAGUCGUGUCAAAAGUGCCAGAAAAAAACAGGCAGAUUCUGAUAUUUUGAGAAGUCGACCUCCUACUGGCAGAGUUACCGAAAAGUUUGAUAUUAGGAGAAGUAAGAUGGACGAGGGCCCACCUUUUGAGGGGCCUUUCGAAUGUCAACCAGAGUAUAGAAAGGCCAGAAUGGACAUGCUUAUUAAAGAAAGGCCGCCUCCUAGGAAGAAAUUUGAGCCAGACAUGACCCGCUUACCGCCCCUCUACGACUCACCGCCGCAACAAACCCCUCUUAUAACGCGGUCCAGGCCGAGUUCUCGCGUCUCUUCUCCCACGACCUUCAAAUUAAGGGUAGUUCCGCCAUCCCCUGCCAAUAAACCAGGACAUGUGUUCACGCCAAAUGCUCUGGUUGCACCUGUCAAGGAACCACCAAUAAGGCGUAAUGUGGAGUUUCUAAGACGAUAUCGUUCGACUGAAACAGAGACGGAAACCGAAAAUGAAUAUUCUGAAGAUGAUGGUAGGGCCUUUGUGGUCCUGGACGCGCCUCUUCCUGGUACCAGGAGACGAGAAAAGCUUUUGAGAAAGGCAGAGAUUUGUGCCAGGAAUAAUAAUUGGAUGCCGCCUUGGUAUGACAGGAUACAGAGAUAG